GAGAAAGCCGAAUUGUAUUUUCGCGAGGCUUUCUUAAAGUGCAAAGGCAUUGGAGAUAGUAUGACCGAGUUUAAAGUUGUUUGCGGUCUAGCAGUUUUGAAGUUAGCUCAGUUUAAUCUCGAAGAAGCUUUUUCGUAUCUUUUUCAAUCUAUUGCAAAAUUUGAAAAAUUGCGAAACUUUGUAAAAGGCAACGACUACUUCCAAAUAUCUUUGUUGGAGAAGCAUGGCGUCUUUCCCUAUGACACGCUCAUUAAAUUGCUCUCUGUUAGCGGAAAUUUUACAGAUGCUCUUUACGUUGAAGAACUUAGACGGGCAAGAGCUCUAGCGGACUUGAUGACAUCUCAAUAUUCUGCCAAACAGUUGCAGUUUUCAGGCGAUCCGCGAUCAUGGUGUGGAAUCCAUGAUAUUAUAAAAGGAGAAGCCAGCUGUAAUUGUCUUUACCUUUCGGUUGAUGAUGAAGAUGCACGGAUUUGGAUUCUGAAAACAAGCGGAGAGAUUCAUUUCCGAAGAAAGAGAUUGGAUUCAGAUCGUUUUGGAAAUGCCGGGUCAGUUCCUGACCUGAAAGUGUUUUUUUCGGAAAGUUUCCUCCACUUUGGCAUUCUACCUAGAGAUGUUUGCGAAGAUCGCUCUUUAAAUGACGAACGUGUUCCAGCGUCAUCUGAUGAUGUCAACCGAUCGCCUUUAACACACAAUAAUAUGAAAAAAUAAUCUUCGUUUGUGCUACGAAAUAAUCGUCGCUCCCGUGGCCGAUUUAUUGAAAGAGCCUGAAAUUAUCAUUGUCCCUGAUAGCUGCAUGUACCAAGUGCCAUUUGCAGCCUUCAUCGGACGAAGGAGGACGAUAUUUGUCUGAAAACUUCAGGAUCCGUAUUGCUCCUUCUCUGACCACUCUCAAGCUUAUUAAGGACAGUCCUCCAAACUACCACAGUCAGAGUGGGGCUCUCAUAGUGGGUGAACUUGAGGUGAGCAAAGUGAUUUACAAGGGGCAACCAAUCUUCCUGGAGCCAUUACCAGGUGCAAGAAAAGAAGCUGAGAUGAUUGGAAAAAUGCUUGGCGUCCCCCCAUUGUUAGGGAGACAUGCAACAAAGGAGGCGGUUAUUGAACAGAUGAAGUCAGUUGCGCUGAUACAUUUUGCUGCUCACGGAUAUGCUGAGAGAGGAGAAAUUGCACUUUGCCCUGUUCGUACCACUAAUGACAUUCCACAAGAAGAAGAAUACCUCUUGACGAUGGCUGACGAGUCAAAAGUUCAACUUAAAGCUAAACUGGUUGUUCUAAGUUGCUGUCACAGUGGACGCGGAGAGACUAAAGUCAAAGGAGUCAUUGGAAUCGCUCGGGCGUUCUUGGGAUCCGGUGCUCGCUCGGUGUUAGUAGCGCGGUGGGCCUUGAACGACGAAUCGACAGAACAGUUCAUGAAUCGUUUCUACGAACUCUUGUUUCGUGGUGAAAGUGCCAGCGAGUCUCUUCACGAGGUCCGAAAGUGGAUGAGAAAUAACGGCUUUCCUGAAGUGGAGAAAUGGGCUCCGUUCAUGCUGAUUGGAGAUAAUGUCACYUUGAGGCGAGAGUUCCGGUUUCCUUCGCAGAGCCCUAAAGAAGGUAGGAAAAGCUAUGAGAAAAGCUAUGAGAAAAGUCGUCUUCAAACCAGUAGAAAAAGCAUUCAAGGAGGUGGUCGAAAAACCAGUUAAGCCUGUGCUGAGAGCUGUAGGACUCAAGAAAGUUCGCAAGACAUAUAGGGAGUUCCAAAAAGAGGUGGUCAAUUCUCGGGUGACUUUCACUGAAGACUCCUACCGAGUUGACAAAAUCAACCCUUGCCCUAACGGACAACAUGAUAUUAUGGAAACAGAGCAUCCAGUCGAGAUUCACUUUGAAGGAAAUGUGGUGGUGUUACAGAACAGUUAUUGCCGAAAAUGUGGACAGCAUUUCUUCAACACUAAACAUAAGGAUGAACUGUAAACGCAAGAGUGAACUUUAAACUAGCGGGACAUUCGUACAAACCUGGAAUGAAAUGUUUAUUAUUUCUUUAUUUCCUAAGAGCUGGAUAUUGUUCAUUAAAUGUCAUUUAGAAAUAAGUAGCAGCCUCUGUUGGUCGAAAAAAAAACAUUUAUUUUAAUCUAUAUUUUCUGACAACUCGUUCUUGCAAUUAAUUAUAAUUUGUAGACAUUGUAGUUCGUUAACUAUCUCGUAAUUAUGGGUGACCUCGAAUCGUUCAGCUGUAAUGAACUUUUUGAACAUACUGAAUACAAAAGCCUUUGCGUUCAGAAUUCUAUCUUUUUUCCUUGCAAAACUUCAGGAACAUUGUCUCAUGUAUCGGUCGAUUGACUAUUUAUAAAGAUUGUGUUACUCCAAGGUAACCGGCAAAUUGUCCCCAUUGUCUCUGUACAAGCUAUUUGAGAGAU